AUGCUCCUGCCUGCGUUUCGCCUGGGCAUCGUGGCCACCAAGCCUGCGUUCAUAGUUCCCGUCAGAACCUUUCUUUUUGGCUUCUUAUCCCAAUUCAACAAAAAGCUCAUCUACCCGCCCAACCCAGACCAAGUAACCACCAAGAACAGACUCUUCCCCACGUACAUUGAGAACCAGACAGAGCUUGGGAACCUCUUGUUGACCAAAGAGCCCUUGCUUCUCAACUUCACCAUGCCAGGAGACGCCAAUUGCAACAAGCUCACCCAGUCUUUGUUUGACGUACUUAGUGAUAAGGCCAAGUACCCGUUGAGUGUGGACAAGCUGGUGCUGUUGGCCAAUAUUGCGUGUGAUGGGCCUGGGGGAAGAGAAUUGCAGCAGAACUACGGAGUGUCAAAAAUUCCCACCAUUGUGUUGUUGAAGAAGCAGAUGGUGGCGGACCGGUUUGUUCCUAAAGACGUGGCCAGCGAGGCCGACCUCUCGGAGUGGAUCAAAUCGAUAUACUAA